GAACGCUUCGCAGCUCGCCGAUAACUAGAUGUACACAGCCAUACACACAUGGACCCUCCUCGGUGCAAUAAUCUCAUUAUCAGGACAAAGCCGGAGGCCGCUAAGAGGCGCUGCAGCAGCCGAGCCUCACCGAGCACAUGUGCAGCCAGCAGCUUUGUUUUCCGCUGCCACCAGCCCGGCUGCAGGUCGUGUAUGUAAUGCCUUUCCCCGCCCAUUCUUCUGUGUCUGAGGAGAACACCGGCUCCCGGCCGCGCCCAUAGGGGGAGGGGCGAGCAGAGCUGAUAUAAUGAGCGGUGGGAACAAUGAACUCGUUCACAUUCAGCGUGUCCGGGAGAGCGUCUGGGGACACCGGGGUAAGGGGCAGCACGUGUGGGGCAGGCUGGGUGCGUGGUCCUUGUGCGGUGUGUCUGGUGUGGAUAUUGCUGACUAUCUGGUGUCCGUUCUGAACUAGCUGCGUUUUCUGCCAUCUGUCUCUUCGCAUUCCCAUCUCUUUCCUCUAUCUUGCGGGAAUCAAAACUUUUUGCUGUCACUUGUCAUUUUGUAGCCCCCAGUUUGUGGCCACGCCUCCUGUGUUGUACACAGCCCCUCCAUCCUCAUCUCUACCAGAAGGGGGACCCCCUAACUUACUACCUCCCCUUCAUGAACCCAUCUCCCCAUUGUCCCAGCUGCUUCCAUCAUCCCCUGAGCUCUUCUGCCCCCAAUCCUGGAGACCCCUUUAUUGUGUUUACUAUGCAGACCCCCCACCACCUGUGCACCCCAUUAGUCGUUCCCUGAUCCAUGAUGAUGUCUCUGCACUUGUCAGCCAUGUAUGUAUGGCCAUGUCCAAAUAGACCCUUGUUACACUCUUCUGGUGGGUCCUGAAGAAGCCCUGCCAGUACUUUCCCAUAGGUCAGCAUCCGUUACUAAGCGUUGUCACCCCAUCAGUGUUGCCCCAAAUUUAGACAGCCUUCCCUCUGGUAACUUUACUCUUGUCAACUCUUGUAGGACAAUGGAUUUAGGGUGUUAUAAUACACACUACUUCUAUGAUGUGGACUUUAAAGAGGACUUCUAUCGGCACAUUGCUCCCAGUGAGGAUAUAUGGAAAAAAUUUGAGCUUGUACCAGGCUGCCCUCAAUCGAACUCAGGAUGCCUUGGAGAAAGCGGCACUGAAUGGGGAUCCGAGAUAAUGGAUUUAGGAUGGGAGUCUCCGGUGAAACUGUCUGGACUUAAUUCUGUAGUUCUCCUGAAAGACUGUAUGUGGAGUGGAUUUUCAACCCGUGAACAUCUGGAAAAAGUCAUCCAUGAACGGUUCUCGUAUGCCCCUUCACGACCAGCAAGUACUACUAAACCUACCCCUGAUCCUGAGGUCCUGGAGCCUCCUGUCACUCCUGCAGAGCAGCCUGCUAUUGUUCCAGCUCCUGUUCCUGAAAAGAUAUCCCAUUCCUCUGGAUCUGAAAGUACAAGUGACUCUGAAGAGGAUGAAAUUGACGUUGUGACUGUGGGAAAAAGGAAAUCUUAUCACGGCCGUCAGCCAGUGACCUUAACAGUGAGAGCAGACCCACUAGAUACUGUUACAAAACUCUUCCACAUAUCUAUCCACCAACAGCAACAUAACUACGCUGCACGCCUGCCCCCUGAGCCCAGUACUACCCCUCCACCGGACUGUCCAUCUCCUGCUGCAGAAGAGCCUGGUGAAGUCAGCUGCCCUUCAGUGCAGCCCUGCAGCCCCAUUGAACCUAACUCACCUACUCAGUCAGGAGGCUCGGACAGUGAGGACCUGGCCAAGCGAAAGAAUCACAACUAUAUGGAGCGCAAAAGGAGGAACGAUUUACGCUCACGAUUCCUGGCACUUAGAGAAGAGGUGCCUGGUCUGGCCCAUGCAUCCAAAACUCCCAAAGUUGUAGUUCUGAGUAAAGCGACAGAGUACUUGCAAGGUUUGGUUAGUGCUGAACAACAUCUUUUAGCAGAGAAACUAAAACUUCGUACUCGUCGCCAGCAGCUCUUGAGGAGAAUUUCCCAGUUGAAGAGCUGUUAAGAGGGACACAUGGCAGGAGUCUGUCUGGCACAUUUGCACAUUUGUGAAGUUAUGUCUUGGGAUUGCACAAAACUGAGACUUUCACUUCUGGGUCAGUGCUUCUCAAAGCGCUACUGGAGAAAGGGUUGGUCAUAUCAGGUGAAUCUACAUGGUUCCUCAGGUUCUACAUAUGACUUUGUUUAUCUUUCUACACAACAGAAUCUGGACUUUCUGCGUAGACUUUUUUUUUUUUUAAUAUAUAAAAAUUACUCCAAGGGACCUCAAGGUACAGCUGUAACUGUUCUGCAGUCUAGCCUUAUUUUCAUGUGUCAGGUCACCGCUCAGGUGGUGAAGUCGAUCCAGUUAGUCCAUGAAAUAACCUUUGGAUUUGUUCUGUAAUGCACUUUAUGCUCUUCAUAUUGCCAGAUUUUUGCAUAUGGUCUACGCAUUUUCCUUCUGGCUUGUAGUUCAAGUAACUUUUCUGCUACAGUCUACCAUGUGUUUGUUGUUCUUUGGCAAAAAUUGUGAUGUAGUACCAGUCAUAGCAUAACCAUGACUGAUCAUUCUGCAGGGAAAAAUAGAAGUAGACCUUUGAGGACUGCCAUAUUAUUGUGGAGGGUAACUUGGGACUGUCUGGUGUGAACCACUCUAUACCUCACUCUUGUCACUUUACACUUGUUUGUCUGUGUUUUUGUGACUUUUUGUUUUGUACUUUUCUUUGAACUGCUGCUGCCUGCUGGAUUUUGUAAUGAAUGAGAUUUAUACUGUAUUUUUGUACAUCUUUUGAGUAACAGAUUUAUAAAAAAAAAAACCUUAGCAACUGAGGACAAUUGAACAUUAUGCUGUUCGCAUGUAAUGGUUUGAAUCCUAAUUUAUCCUUUCCAUGUCUUCUGCUGCACAGGGCUCUAGUGUUUGACUACCAGAAGGCUGGUGUUUCACAGACCUGUAAAUGGUUCUCAGUUUUUCUUUUUUUUUUUUUUAAAGAAAAAACUGCAUGUUGUGAAACUGGCCUUACAAGUUACCUUUUUUUGGGCACUGGUUGUUAAUUUGUAUAUUAAAGGUCAGCUAUGGACUAGAUAUUGAAAAAAGUUCUGUGGCUGGUCCUUAAUACAUAUGCAGUGUAAUUGUUGGCUGUGUUUCCAGUCAAGGCACUGUGCAGUGGAAGAUCAUGGAAUUCCAUCCGAUGACAAAAGGCUCACAUGCCUGGUAUAAAAAAUCACAAGCUGCUGUAUGUAGUCUGAACCUUCUAAAUGUCCUUUGUCAAAGAUGCUGAGCACAGCCACGAAUAAAGCAACA